CCUAUUAUUUAAAAAAUUAAACCAAAAAUACCUUCUUCUCCCCCAUGACAUCUCCAAAUUGGAGGUAGCAGAACCAAAAAUAAUUCCCCACUCCCUAAACCCUAAACUGCAAAUCCAUCAAAUGAAUCAUAACACCAACGGCAUCCGCCGCGACACGGUGAUCGACAUAGCCAAACCCAUGAGUUUCGCAGGUGCGUUAGAGUUCGUGAACCUAACGUACACCGUGAUCAAGAAAAAGAAGACCGACCAAGGGAAAUGGGUGAAUCAAGAAGCUGAUUUAUUGAAUAGGAUCACCGGGUAUGCACCGAAAGGGUGCAUCACCGCGGUUAUGGGUCCUAGUGGUGCCGGGAAAUCGACUUUUUUGGACGGGUUGGCGGGUCGUAUUGCGAGUGGUAGCCUUAAGGGUAAGGUGUUGUUAGAUGGAAACGAGAUGAGCCCAAGUUUGAUUAAGAGAACUUCUGCUUACAUAAUGCAGGAUGAUCGGCUCUUUCCAAUGCUAACCGUUUACGAAACCUUGAUGUUUGCUGCCGAUUUCCGGUUAGGCUCGAUCACCAAGGCCGAAAAGCGGCAACGUGUUGAGACACUAAUCGAGCAACUUGGUUUAUCAUCGGCAAGGAACACGUACAUAGGUGACGAAGGGAGUCGAGGAGUCUCUGGGGGUGAACGUCGGAGGGUGUCAAUUGGCGUAGACAUCAUCCAUGGACCAUCGUUGCUUUUUCUUGAUGAGCCGACUUCGGGUUUGGACUCGACCAGUGCUCAGAGUGUGAUUGAAAAGGUUCACAACAUUGCACAAGCAGGAAGCACGGUGGUUCUAACCAUUCACCAGCCAUCGUCUCGAAUCCAACUUCUACUUGACCAUCUUAUCAUAUUGGCUCGUGGUCAACUCAUGUACCAAGGAUCCCCGAAAGAUGUCGGGCUGCAUCUUGGCCGAAUUGGCCGGCGAGUUCCGAAAGGAGAAAGCCCGAUAGAGUUCCUCAUUGAUGUGAUACAACAAUACGAUCAAUCCGAAUAUGGAGUGGAUGCAUUGGCCGAAUUCGUUGUCACGGGUAUGAAACCCCCAAAACUUUCGGACGAUGAAAUGUCGUUUUCGACCCCGACCCCACCUCCCCAUUGGAGCUCAGGGAAAAAGCUUCACUUACAAAUGGCAGGACGCCAUGAUCAAGAUAACGGAUUCGAUCAUAGCGUGAGAAGCCCAUGGAACAAUUCAAAGUCAUGGAGCCAAUCAGGAAUCAUGCAAUCGCUUAAAUCAACGCCAGCCCGUCAUCGGAAUCAGAGAACACCAAAUCCAGCGAGUGCAUCCCCUGGCUACUACACCAACUCAAGUGAUAUCCUAGCCAGAACCCCGACUCCACACAGCAGCGACUACACCGUUAAUGAAGAUGACUACAUCACCCCAUCCAUGGCUGCAGAUGGUGCAAACCACCACCAUUUAGGUCCUAAAUUUUCAAACUCUUUCUUUGCAGAAACCUGGGUUCUGAUGCGUCGAAACUUUAUAAACAUCAGGCGAACCCCCGAGCUGUUCUUAUCACGGCUCAUGGUCUUGACCAUCAUGGGUUUUAUGAUGGCCACUAUGUUCAAGAAACCAGGAGCCACAAUGCAAGGGAUUACCAACCGGCUCAGCUUCUUCAUCUUCACCGUUUGCCUCUUUUUCUUCUCAUCCAACGAUGCAGUCCCCGCGUUCAUCCAAGAAAGGUUCAUAUUUGUCCGUGAAACUUCUCAUAACGCGUAUCGAGCCUCUUCUUACACCAUUGCCGGCCUCAUCACUUACCUCCCGUUUCUCUUACUCCAGGCUGCAGUUUAUGCAGUAAUCACCUGGUUUGCCUUAAAGCUCGAAGGUUCUUUUGUUUACUUUCUGAUUAUUUUAUAUGUUUCUCUCCUCUCCACCAAUUCGUUCGUGGUGUUUGUGAGCUCAGUGGUCCCCAAUUUCAUUCUCGGGUACGCGGCUGUGAUCGCAUUCACAGCCCUGUUUUUCUUGUUUUGUGGGUAUUUCUUAAGCAGCCAUGAUAUUCCAAAGUAUUGGAGAUGGAUGAAUAAGAUAUCAACGAUGACGUAUCCAUACGAAGGGCUUCUGAUCAAUGAGUACCAAAGAAACGAAGUUUUCGGGCAGACCCUUGCCGGGACGAAUGUGACUGGAAUCGACAUCCUGCAAUCCCUGCACAUUUAUCAUGAAAAAGAUCCAAAGUGGUCAAUGAUUUACAUAAUGUUGGGAUGGGCAGUCCUAUACAGGAUCUUAUUCUAUAUUGUUCUUCGUUUUGCUUCCAAGAAUCAGAGGACAUAAAAAAAGGAAGAUCUUGAAUUAGUUGUCUUUUCAGAUGAUAAUAAGAAAGUGUUUCAACAAGCAGGAACUUUACUUUCAAUGGAAUUUUUACUGAUGCAGGUUUUCAUUUAUUCAAUCUUUUUGUUUAUGUUCACAUAUACAUGUAUGAAUUCAAUGGAAAAAUUAGAACAUAAUUAACAUUAAUUUAUAGUUUG